AUGUGGAAAUUGAAGAUCGCCGAUGGCGGACCCUGGCUCAAGAGUGGCAACAAUCACAUCGGAAGAGAAACAUGGGAGUUUGACCAAAACAGUGGAUCAAGUGAAGAGCGGGAUGCAGUUGACGCUGCACGGGCUGAAUUCGAGAAGAAUAGGUUCAGAACAAGGCACAGCUCCGAUAUUUUGGCUCGCAUGCAGUUAGCAAAGGAGAACAACUUCAAUCUUGAUUUACAGAAAUCAAAAUAUGAGACUACUGUUGAUACCGACUUACCUACAGUAACAGAGGUACUGAAAAAGGCGCUCAGUUACUUUUCAGCCAUACAGGCACAUGAUGGGCACUGGCCAGGGGAUUUCCCAGGGCCACUCUUUACCACAGCAACCAUGAUCAUAGUUUUGUAUGUCACAGAGUCAUUAGGUAUUACACUAUCAUCAGAACAUCGCAAGGAGAUCUGCCGUUAUCUGUACAACCGUCAGAAUACAGAUGGAGGAUGGGGACUACAUGCAGAAGGUGAAAGCUCCAUGCUCAGCUCAGCUCUCAACUAUACUGCUCUAAGAUUACUUGGCGAGAGUGUUGAUGAUGGACCAGAUAUGUCCAUGCCAAAAGCAAGAAAAUGGAUACAUGACCAUGGUGGUGCAACGAUGAUACCAAUCCUCGGAAAAGUGUGGCUCUCGGUGCUUGGAGUUUUUGAAUGGUCAGGUGUAAAUCCUAUCCCCCCAGAAUUGUUCCUUCUUCCAUCCUUGGUUCCUAUUCAACCAGGGCGUUUGUGGAGUCACUUCAGAAUGGCUUUCAUUCCCAUGUCCUAUUUAUAUGGCAUGAAGUUCGUUGGCCCUAUAACAGAAUUAGUUUUAUCAUUAAGAGAAGAGCUACAUAUUCAUCCCUACAAAAAGAUUAACUGGAAGCAAGCACGCAGCUUAUGCGCAAAGGAAGAUGCCUAUUAUCCACAUACCUGGCUGCAAGAAUGCCUGUCCGACUGCCUUUACAGUUUUGGGGAACCUUUUCUGGCACGUUGGCCAGUUUCCUACAUGAGAAGGAAAGCUCUACAGCAAAUUGCUGAGUUCUUGAAAUAUGAAGAUGAGAAUUCACAGUAUAUCUGCAUCGGUGCUGCGCAGAAGGCAUUGUCCAUGUUAUGCUGUUGGAUUGAGAAUCCCAAUUCAGAUGCAUUCAAGCAUCACUUGGCUAGAGUUGCUGACUUCCUAUGGGUUGGUGAAGAUGGCAUGAAAGUGCGGGUAUGUGCAGGCCAACUAUGGGAUGUUGCUUUCGCCGUCCAAGCAAUAUUAGCAUGUAACAAUGCAGAGGAAUUUGGAAGUACCCUCAAGAAAUCUCAUAAUUUCAUAAAAGCAUCCCAGAUUGUGGACAAUCCUUCUGGUGACUUCAGCAGAAAGUACCGUCACAUGUCUAAAGGAGGAUGGGCCUUCCAGGUUGCAGAUCAGGGCUGGCAGGUUUCAGAUUGCACGGCAGAAGCUCUUAAGGCUUUGUUAAUGCUCUCAAAGUUCCCAUCAGAUAUUGUGGGUAAUCAGAUGGAAACUUACCGCUUCCAUGAUGCAGUGAACAUAUUACUAUCUUUACAGAAUCCAAAUGGUGGCUAUGGAACCUGGGAGCUAGCUCGUACAUAUCCAUGGAUGGAGAUUCUCAACAUGACAGAGAUAUAUGCAGACAUCAUGGUGGAGCAUCAGUAUGUUGAGUGUACCUCGUCAGUCAUCCAAGCAUUGGCACUGUUUCGGGAAAAAUACCCUGGACAUCGGAAAGAUGAAAUAGAGCAAUGCAUCAGGAGAGCGACAGAAUUCGUUGAGAAGUUACAGAAUGAUGAUGGCUCAUGGUUUGGAUCAUGGGGUAUUUGCUUCACAUAUGGCACAUGGUUUGCUAUAGAGGGCCUAUCAGCGGUUGGACAGUGCUACAAUAACAGCACCUGCAUUCGCAAGGCUUGCCAGUUUCUAUUAUCAAAGCAGCUAAGGAAUGGUGGAUGGGGUGAGAGUCAUCUUUCGUCCAGAACAAAGGCAUACACAAACCUAGAUGGAGAGAAAUCACAUAUAGUGAACACCGCAUGGGCAAUGUUGGCACUUAUGAAAGCUGGACAGGUGGAAAGAGAUCCAUCUCCUUUGCACAAAGCAGCAAAGCUUAUCAUGAACAUGCAACUUCGCAGUGGUGACUUCCCACAGGAGGAAAUGAUUGGAAGUUUCUUGAAAAAUGGUCCCUUGUGUUACAUGGCUUAUCGAAAUAUAUUUCCUAUAUGGGCCCUGGGAGAGUAUCAUAGAUUAGUACUUCAAUCCGACUAA